AUGAAUAUUAAAGCCAACAAGAUCUCAGUAGAGGUUCAUAUAAUUGAUGUAGCAAGUAUUCUAAAUGCAGAUGCCAUAGAUGAAGUUGGUGAUGUAACUACUAUUGAUAAUGAUGAGAUGAGUGCUGUAGCCAUAAAUAUAAUAGUCAAUCUAGAGUAG